AGGAUACUCUCAGCUGCGCAUCUGAACAAGCAGAGCUGCUUCCAGCUCAGCAUGUCAAGAAGACUCGUGUGACCUGGUUUCAGUUGACUUCUCCGGGGAAGUGGAACUGGAACUUGGAGUUGCUUUUGUUCACCACAGCUGGAGUUCCCUGGAGAAGAUAGCGGUACUUUUACUCUUUUUAGAGCACAGACACGCUGCAGUCAGAACAAUGAGGCUCCCUUCACGACGCCCCUUCCUGGCUCUGAUGACCUGUACUUUGCUCCUUAUGUCGCCGCUGUUCGGGUCCUGUCAUCCAGCUCAGCAUCCAGCUCAGACCAGGACCGUGUUGGUGGAACAGUUCGAAACCCAAGGACUCGGCUUCUCCUGGACAAACCUCACCUGUCCCGUUUGCAAAACGAUCUUCACCAUUGUUGACAUCGCACUUCUGAGCAGUGCAAACGAAGAGCUGGUGGCACAUGCAGUCAGCGAGGCAUGCAUCCUUUUGCAUCUGGCUGAUGAGCAAGUGUGCCGCAACAUAACUGAGCUGUUCAGAGACGACUUCAUCACGGCCUUGCAGCAGUCUGUGCUGUCCCCUACCGAAGCAUGUGCGGUAUUGGUGGGGCCUUCAUGUGGCACUUUUGACAUUUACGCACCGUGGAACAUCACUUUGCCAAAGGUUCCCAAGCCUCCUGUUACGCCGCUCUCACCUCCUAAACCUGGCUCUCCACAGAGUAGGGUGCUGUUUCUCACAGAUAUCCACUGGGACAUGGAAUAUGAAACUGGCAGCGCUGCCGACUGCAAGAAGCCUCUCUGCUGUCGCGCAGACUCAGGUGUUCCUAAAUGGAAGCGGAGAGGGGCUGGUUACUGGGGAACCUACAGCAAGUGUGACCUGCCUCUACGCACAGUGGAGAACCUCCUGGAAAAUGCUGCUAAAGCUGGACCUUGGGACUGGGUCUACUGGACUGGAGACAUACCAGCACACAAUAUCUGGUCUCAGACCAGAAACCAGCAGCUGACAGAGCUCACAGUCAUCUCCAAACUCAUCCACAAGUACCUGGGGGCCAAUGUGACUGUUUACCCUGCAGUAGGAAACCAUGAGAGUACACCAGUGAACAGCUUCCCUCCACCGUUCAUCCACGGCAACCGAUCCUCUGCCUGGCUCUAUAAUAAAAUGGCAGAGGAAGGGCCAUUGUGGUGGCAGCUCUCAGCAUGCUGCUCCUUAUAUAAUAUUCUAGUACGAGUCUGAAUUAAACCCUGUGUUGCUAACAGAUAUGGAGGGUUCUACACAGUAGAGAUUCAGCCCGGGCUGAGGGUGGUCUCCCUCAACAUGAACUUCUGUGCGCGAGAAAACUUCUGGCUGCUGGUGAACUCAACUGACCCUGCUAACCAGCUGCAGUGGCUGGUUCAAGUUCUGCAGGCCAGUGAGGACAGAGGAGAGAAGGUUCAUAUCAUUGGUCAUAUCCCACCUGGCCUGUGUCUUGGCAGCUGGAGCUGGAACUACUAUCACAUCGUCAACAGAUACGAAAGUACAAUUACUGGGCAGUUUUUUGGGCAUACCCAUCUGGAUGAGUUUCAAAUGUUUUACGAUGAGGAAACCAUGACCCGGCCUUUAGGAGUGGCUUUCAUUGCGCCCAGUGCCACCACUUAUGUCAAUCUUAAUCCAGGUUACCGCAUCUAUUAUGUUGAUGGAAAUUACAAAAACAGCUCUCGGCUUGUGCUUGACCAUGAAACCUACAUCCUUAACCUCACAGAGGCAAAUCACGACCCAAAGUCACCAGAGCAGAACCCCAAAUGGAACCUCCUGUACCGGGCCACUGAAGCUUACGGUCUUUCCAGUUUGUUCCCAUCUGAUUACAACACACUGCUGCGAACCUUUAUCAACGACGACGACACUUUCCAGAAGUUCUGGUACCUCAGACAUAAAGGACAUGUGUCAGAGUCCUGCAGAGAGGCAUGCAAAACCACAAUGCUCUGCUUUUUGCGAAGUGGACGCUCCGACGAGCUGGACGAGUGUGACCAUCUCAAUGGUUUUGCAGGAAACUUGGCUCGGGCUGCAAGAAAAACUCUUUGUUGACCUUAUGGAAGCUAUUUUUAGACUAAAUCAGGAGCGGAUAGCAAUAUGACCAAAUAUGAGCCAAAAUCAUCGUUUUAGCUGUUCAAAUGAAGUGGGUCCCUUUUAGCAGGGAAUGGGUAAACAUGCUAAUUAAUUUGCUGCUUUACAGGUGCUUUAAUUCUCUUUUACAUGUCUUCCUAUUUUUCUUUUCAGAGUGUGAGAUGCAGCUGAGAAAGCCUGUAUACAAACUGAGGAUGGGACAUUUUAGCAGUAUUAGCAUUACCUAAGACUUAAGGAUUGUAAAAAGGCUUUUAAGUCUGACACUGGCAAAUACAGAUUAAACAUUUUAUAAUUUUGACUGUUUUAUGUUACAAAGCCAGCCAUAAUUUUAUUUUGUUUUCCUUAGCUUGCACUUUAUUUGAUUAGAAAAACUUCUAAUGAAUCAAUGCUGGGACAUGUAUUCUUCUCAGAACUUGCUUGAUGUGAGAAUAUGUAGCAAUUAUACAAUUUGAAAAUCAAGUGAAAAAAAAUUGUCUACAUGACUGCAAAAAUAAAUCAUUGUUCUAAAGUU